AUGAGGAGGGAUGGAAAGCUCAUCCGAUGCUUGGUUCAUGAGAAAGGAAAAUGUGGAGUGGAGGGGAAAGGGAAAUGCGGACCUCUUAUCUCACCGAUUCUAUCCCGUAGGGAGGCGUGGGUUGUGCCAGGUUACUGCCCUCCUGUGUGCUCGGCCUUCGGUGUCCUCAGCCCCGAGACGCGCUGCCGGAGACGACGCACACACCUCGCUGGCGUGCGUCAGACCGUCGGAGCCCGCGCUCCUUCCACGCGUGGGGCCACCGGAACCGCGCUCCUCGCACGGUGCCGCACGAACUUCACCCGGCUCCUCGACGCUCCCGUGGGCCAAGCUAGCGGUCGUUGCCUGGUUUGCCCCCGGGGCGCAUCGCUGGUGGAAAAUCCGGCGGAGGGGAUGAGCGGGGUCGACGGCGGAGGGGACGAGGUGGCCGACGGCGGCGCUGCGCUGGAGAGGGGCGGGGUGAAGCCGGCGCAGGGAUGGAGCGGGCAGGCGAGGCCGCGCAGGGCGACGGCGUCGUAUGGACGUAGCAGUGCGGGGCGAGGCCGGGUCGUCGCGAAAGGAGCCGGCGCAGGGGCGGUGUGGCGGGGCUACGCCGGCGCAGAUCUGAGAAACGUGCGGUGGAGGGUAAUAACUCAUGACACAAGUGAUGUAGCCAAUGAAGGUCAUAAUUUAUGGCCUGAGCAUGAAGAGGAACCAGGUGUUCAAGGCAAUCUUCCAUAUCUUUUCAGUAACAAUGGAGAACUACAAAUACAACAGUUUGAAGCACUGCUCACUUUCUGGAUAAGCUUGAAUAAGCUAUAUUGCUUCUGA